CGUUUUCUAUCUAUUUAUAAUAGAUCCAUGUUUCUAUCGCAGUUCGAUUCAAAGUCGUCGAAAAAGAGAGACGGAAAUAAGGGACAGCAUACUCGUUAACGACUCGUAUCGUUGUCAUGCCAAAUGGUUUUGAGGCGAAACGGCUUUGAGAAAUUGCUGCUAAAGUGAUGUCUCGACUCGUGAAGAAAGCGCCAUCAGUUUGCACGAAUUUGCCACUGGACAACGCCGACAUUAACAACAAGCUCCAUUUACUGAGGCAGCUCCUGAGAUCUUGUUUUGGUCCGACAGGUAGACUCAAACAAGUUCACAACAACAUUGGAGGACACGUCGUAACCACCUCAUCGUCCUCAGUCCUCCUUCAGUCCAUUUCCUCCUCACAGCCUUUUAUCAACCUGAUAAAAACCUCAAUUCUCAACCACGUUUCUCGUUUCAGUGACUGCGGUUUGUUUGCUGCGAUUCUUUGUUUGUCUCUUAUUGAGCAGGCAAAGCAGUCUGGUCUUAGAGGUAAUGUGGCCAUCAGGGUGAACAAGCACCUGCUGGGUCUGUGCACCACCUACCUCCAACAGUCAGACUGUGGCUGUAAAGUGAAGCUUGAUUUCUGCAGCAGCCAGAGUUUGAUUACAUUAGCUCGCAGUACUAUCUCCAGCAAACCAGCAUGUGUGCUAACGGAGGCAGAGGCCCUUCACAUCAGCAGGUUGGCUGUACAAGCUUUUUUGCUGACUGUUCCCUGUAACAGCCCUGGAGUUGUCAAUCUUGGCAAAAUAGUGACCGUCUCCACUGAAGGUCAUCCUGUGCUAAACUCUGCAGUGUUUCCAGGUUUACUGGUGGACAUGCCUGAUGUCUUUUGCUUCAACAAGUUAGAAAACCUGCAUCCAUAUCCACUGCGCAUGGUGUUGUUCAGCGCAUCUCUUGCUGGAGACCUUUCUGAGCUGGGAGAUGGGGUAAUUGAGGUGCACCCAGGUGUAGACACAGACUCGCAGAUUCUGGAUCAGCUCCUGGAUCUCGGCAAACGGGUGAUUAAAGAUGAGGUGAAGCUGUUUGUAUGCCAGAAGGUCAUACACCCAGUCCUGCAGCAAUACCUAAGGAGACAUGGUAUUAUAGUGAUAGAGAGACUGGGGAUCACUCUGAUGGAGCCACUCGCUCAGCUGACAGGUGCUCAACCUGUGGCCACACUGCACACCACAAUCCCAGCCAAGGCCUAUGGGGAGGUGAGGGAGCUCAGUGUCAGGCAGUUUGGAUCAAAGACAAUGCUGCAUUUACUCCCUCCUGAGGAGUCAUCGAUGUGCACGAUGAUCCUCUGCCACAGGAACGAGACAAUGUUAAGUGAGCUGAAGGUGGUGUGCCAGAAGACUGAACAUGUGUUGAGGCUCACUUUAAAGGAACCCUUUGCCUUACUUGGUGGUGGGUGCACUGAGACUCACCUAGCUGCUUACGUCAGACACAAGAGCAUGAAUGCAGUCAUGGAGACUGUAUCAGCGCUAGGCUGCACACAGACAGAGUACCUUCGUGGUGUGGAGGGAUUCUGCUGCUCUCUGGGGUCUGUGGCUGCGGCGCUGGAGCACGAUGGUGGGAGUUCUUUAAUGGAUCUGAGUCAUGCUCAUCACUGGACUCACCCUGCAGAUGCCAUGGAAGAACACACGGAGGACAGUUUGGGCGUCUGUGGCUGUGGACUGUUGGAAACAAGUUCAAAUCAGAAGUGGACUUAUUUAAACACAAAAUACACACAAUUCUUACCUGCACCUCUGUCCGGAGUCUCCACGGUGCAGCCACGUGUGCUUGACUCCUUCACGGCUAAACUCAAUGCAUUGCAAGUUGCUGUAGAAACUGCUAAUCUUGCACUGGAUGUGCGGUAUCUAAUUCAGGAUAUGAACUAGCAGAAUAGGAGUUAUAUUCAGUGAGGUUUGUGAAGACUAAAAUGAGAAAUGGGAGCUGUUUCAAUU